AUGCAGAGACUUUUGCAACCACAAGUUGGAAUGGCUAGAUUUGAGAGUUUAACCUUGGCGUGGAUUGGCGGCGAUAACUUCGUGGCGAAACAAAGCUUCAAACGGCUAAAUGUGAAAGGCGGCUACGGACGUUGCAAAUGCCGGGAAACCUUCGCAAUGGUCACGCACGUAAACGACCUUCCAAAAAAUAAAGGAAACCAGAACUCACCUAUAUCCAAGGGUUACAACAUGCGGCCAAUUCCACGACGUCCCAAACAGGUUGGAGGAUUCCUGAAGCUGAACGGUGGCGUACGACCGUUUUGCGGACGACGAUACGUCGUCUUGGGACCAAGGGGUGCAGGACGUUGUGGGACAGUCCGAACGGCUGUACCUCGUGCCGAAGCCUGGCGGAUCGAUGGCGACGUUGAAGGGUUCCUGAAACUAAACGGUGGCGCACUACCGUUUUGCGGACGACGAUACGUCGUCUUGGGACCAGGAGGGGUGCAGAACGUUGUCGAACAGUCGGAAAAAGUCGAGGUAGGAUAA